AUGAACCAUAAAGUAUUCUUCGAUAUCACCGUCAACGGCAAACCAAUUUGUCGGAUCGUGAUCGAGCUCUUGGCCAACACGACUCCAAAGACGGCGGAGGACUUCCGAUGCCUUUGCAACGGCGAGAAAGGUAACGGGAAACUGAGUGAGAAGCCAUUCCACUACAAGGGAUCAAGCUUCCACGAUGUGUCCUUCGGUGUGAAUCGAUUCUGGGAGGGCAUACCACCGGCGAUGACUGGAGCCUAA